AUGGCCAAAAGACGGGCCGAUAUUGAGUUGAAUCAAGAUAACUGGGAUGAUGAUUUAAGGGCUACUACUAAGGGAAACUUUGAUAAAGCAGACAAGGACAUUAUUUCACAAAGAAAAAUUUUGACAGCACGUACUAACAGAACAUCUAGUGGAACGUCUGGACUAUUUAAAUCAUUUACCGCUUUUUCUGACUGCUCAAGUGGAAACCCAGUAUCAUUCGAUUUUGGACUCAAACAUUCAAGUGUUAAAGAAAAUGGCCAUAAGGAUGAAGAGACUGAGUAUCUUGAACACCUACAAAUUCUCAAUCAGAGCUUACUCGAUUGGAUUACAAAACACAUUAAAGAAGACCCAUUUUGUAUUCUCAGCCCGAUAUUCUCCGAUUACGACAAACAUUUAUCGGGAAUCAACUCUAAAUUUCCCAAACAAUCAUUAGUAGGUGCGGUUUCACUGCCGGAGAAAAAAGAAGCCAGCAGUCACUUAAUUGCCAAAACAUCUGAAGUUAUUGAGACUCCGGUCAAGAGUGCACCAAAUCCCGUUUUCUUUUUCGGCAAUUCCAUACCAAAACCCACACCUAUAUCUUCUGGCUCUUUGACUGAUUCUACAGAUAAGAAACCUAUAUUUUCAUUUGGGUUGCCGCCUAUCACGACAACUAGUACUAAUUUCACUCAGUCGCUUUUUCAGUUUCCCAGCGUCUCUAGUUUCUCACAAAAACCUGUGAAUCUCGAUCCUAAACAGAACACUAGUAAUCAACAAGGGGAUGAUGACGACGAGGAAUAUAUUCCUCCCAAACCAGAGGUUAAAGAUUUCAAAGAAGAUGGGUCAGUUUUCACUACAAGGUGUAAAUUAUUCUACAAAGCGGAUAAUGAGUGGAAAGAGCGUGGACUUGGAAAUUUAUUCAUCAAACCAACGACAAACGAUAAAUUUCAAUUACUCAUCCGAGCUGAUACUAAUCUCGGCAAUAUAUUGCUAAAUAUACUGGUUACAAAAGAUGUGCCUAUUAAACAACAGAAAAACAACUUGACUUUAGUUUGUAUCCCUUCACCACCUUUACCAUCGCAGGCUAAAUCGUCCCUUACCAACGAAGAAGAUAAUGGGCAACCAAAACCAGUUCCAAUGUUGAUACGUGUGAAAACUGAAGAGGGAGCUACAGAGUUACUAAGUCAAAUGGAUUUGCACAGGGGUGUCUCAACGAAGUCAUAA